ACGUACUUCACGGUGGUGGCAAAUAAACAAAUCAGAAUAACAAAAACUGUGAAGAAAAUUUGAUAUUUGGUUAAUAGUUAAUAAUAAUCUCAACAAUGACUAAUAACCACUUGAACAAUUCAAAUGCUUCCAACCCCGAAGAUGAUCCCGAACCUACAAACCUCAUCAAGAGCAGAGAAUUCUUGUACAAGCUGAUCAUCAGCCAGUUAUUCUACGAUGGCCAUCAAAGUAUAGGAACUAGCCUACAACAAGCCGUCCAAGCAGAGGCUAAUAAUGCUCCCAGUGACAGGCUUUUCCGGCUCAUCCUCACUGGAUUAGAACAUGAACCCAGCUUAAAGGAAAGGCCCAAAAAUGUGGGAAUCGGAAAUAACAAUAUCGGCCCUGGUCUUGAUUUGGAAUUCGAGACAGAAUCAUCCAUUCCUGCCCCAGAACCUGCUCUGUAUGAGACAGCCUAUGUUACCUCUCACAAAGGCAACUGCCGUGCAGGCUGCUUCUCUGCUGAUGGACAACUCAUUGCUACUGGCAGUGUGGAUGCCAGCAUCAAGAUCCUUGAUGUUGACAGGAUGCUGGCAAAAUCAGCUCCUGAUGAAAUGGACCCUUCUAGGGGAGAACAACAGGGCCACCCUGUCAUCAGGACCCUCUAUGAUCACAUGGAAGAAGUGACAUGUCUGGAAUUUCAUCCAAAAGAAACAAUCUUGUGUUCUGGAAGUAGGGAUAUGACUAUCAAGCUGUUUGAUAUUACUAAAGCCAGUGUGAAGAAAGCAUUCAAGACCAUUACAGCAACAGAGCCAAUAAGAGCAAUGUCUUUCCACCCAGGAGGGGACCAUCUUAUAGUUGCUACAGACCACCCUGUAAUUAGAUUGUAUGACAUGAACACUUUGCAAUGUUUUGUAUGCCCAUUCCAAAAUCAUCAGCACACCAAAAUUGUUACCAAUUUGAAGUGGUCCAAGGAUGCCAAAUUGUUUGCUACUUGCAGCAGAGAUGGAAGCAUCAAGUUAUGGGAUGGUGUUUCAAACAGAUGUAUCAAUACUUUCCCAAAGGCACAUGAAGGCUUGGAAGUAUGUUCAGUGGAAUUUUCAAGAAAUGGAAAGUAUCUACUUUCCUCUGGAAAGAAUUCAAUCUGUAAAUUGUGGGAGUUGACUACUAGCAGAUGUUUGAUAGCUUAUACAGGUGCCGGAACGACCGGCAAACAGGAAUACGAGGCCCAAGCGGUGUUCAACCACAGCGAGGACUAUGUCCUCUUCCCGGACGAGGCCACCACGUCCCUGUGUGCGUGGAACGCCCGGAACGCUUCCCGGAAGCAACUCAUGUCCUUGGGACACAACGGGGCGGUGAGGCGGAUCGCGCAUUCGCCCUCGCAGGCCGCCUUUCUCACCUGCUCGGACGAUUUCAGGGCGAGAUUUUGGUACAGGCGGACGCCCACUUUGUAGAGACAUGUUUAUUUUUUGUAAUGUUAGGGUUACGUGUGUUUUGUAUGCUUGUGGAAAGAAUAUAUUUCUUUUUAAUAAGAUGUUUCUCAUAAUUCUUUUCAACAAUUUGACAAGAUUAAUAGGCAU